AUGGCAGCCUGCGAGCUUUACACCAAGUAUGCAAGGAUUUGGAUCCCUGAUCCAGAAGUAGUCUGGAAGUCAGCAGAACUUCUGAAAAAUUAUAAACCAGGAGACAAAGUCCUCCAUCUUAGAUUGGAAGAUGGCAAGGAUCUUGAAUAUAAGCUUGGUCCUAAAAGUAAGGAGCUUCCACCCCUGCGAAACCCAGACAUACUUGUGGGUGAAAAUGACCUGACCGCACUCAGCUAUCUCCAUGAACCUGCUGUUCUCCAUAACCUCAAAGUUCGAUUUAUAGACUCAAAGCUCAUUUAUACAUAUUGCGGCAUAGUUUUAGUGGCCAUAAAUCCUUAUGAACAGCUGCCUAUCUAUGGCGAAGAUAUCAUCAAUGCGUACAGUGGCCAGAACAUGGGGGAUAUGGACCCGCACAUCUUUGCUGUGGCAGAGGAAGCUUAUAAACAAAUGGCCAGAGAUGAACGGAACCAGUCAAUCAUUGUAAGUGGGGAAUCUGGAGCUGGAAAGACAGUCUCUGCAAAGUAUGCAAUGAGAUAUUUUGCCACUGUAAGUGGGUCUGCCAGUGAAGCAAAUGUUGAAGAGAAGGUAUUGGCUUCUAAUCCUAUAAUGGAGUCUAUUGGGAACGCCAAAACCACGCGGAAUGACAACAGCAGUCGUUUUGGGAAGUACAUUGAAAUUGGUUUUGAUAAGAGGUAUCGAAUCAUUGGUGCUAACAUGAGAACUUACCUCCUAGAAAAAUCAAGAGUGGUUUUCCAGGCAGAGGAGGAGAGAAAUUACCAUAUCUUCUACCAACUCUGUGCUUCUGCAACAUUGCCUGAAUUUAAAACGUUGCGAUUAGGGAACGCAAACUAUUUUCAUUAUACAAAGCAAGGGGGCAGUCCAGUGAUCGACGGGAUCGAUGAUGCCAAAGAGAUGACGAACACUCGGCGGGCUUGCACUUUGCUAGGUAUCGUUGAUUCCUAUCAGAUGGGAUUUUUUCAAAUCCUCGCUGCUAUUCUUCACCUGGGCAAUGUGUCAUUCACAUCUCGAGAUGCUGACAGCUGUACAAUACCACCCAAACAUGAACCCCUCAGAAUCUUCUGCGAUCUCAUGGGGGUGGAGUAUGAACAGAUGGCUCACUGGCUUUGCCACCGGAAACUUGCUACAGCUACCGAGACAUACAUCAAGCCAAUUUCCAAGCUGCAGGCCAUCAAUGCCAGAGAUGCUCUUGCUAAGCACAUCUAUGCGAAUCUCUUUAAUUGGAUCGUAGAUCAUGUGAACAAAGCUCUGCAUUCCACUAUGAAGCAGCACUCUUUCAUUGGCGUCUUGGACAUCUAUGGCUUUGAAACAUUUGAGAUCAACAGCUUUGAACAAUUUUGUAUAAAUUAUGCCAAUGAGAAACUGCAGCAACAAUUCAAUAUGCAUGUCUUUAAGCUGGAACAAGAAGAAUACAUGAAGGAACAAAUUCCAUGGACCUUGAUAGAUUUCUAUGAUAAUCAGCCUUGUAUUAACCUGAUAGAGGCCAAAUUGGGCAUUUUGGAUUUGUUGGAUGAGGAAUGCAAGAUGCCCAAAGGUUCUGAUAAUAGCUGGGCCCAGAAAUUGUACAAUACUCAUUUGAAUAAAACAGCACUCUUUGAGAAGCCCCGACUGUCGAACAAAGCGUUCAUCAUCCAGCACUUUGCAGACAAGGUGGAGUAUCAGUGUGAAGGGUUUUUGGAAAAAAACAAAGACACUGUCUAUGAAGAACAAAUCCAAGUUCUAAAAUCAAGUAAGCUUAAGAUGCUGUCUGAGCUGUUUCUGGACGUGAAGGCCAUCAGCCCCACUUCGGCAACACCCUCCGGCCGCACACCGUUGUCUCGAACAGCUGUUAAACCAACCAAGUCUAAGACAGCCCAAGCAAGCAAAGAACAUAAGAAAACAGUGGGGCAUCAGUUUCGAAAUUCUCUGCAGCUCCUGAUGGAGACCCUUAAUGCCACAACUCCACAUUACGUCCGGUGUAUUAAGCCAAAUGACUUCAAAUUUCCAUUCAUGUUUGAUGAAAAGCGGACUGUACAGCAGCUUAGAGCUUGUGGUGUGCUGGAAACCAUCCGAAUUAGCGCUGCAGGUUUCCCCUCAAGGUGGACAUAUCAAGAAUUCUUCAGCCGCUAUCGUGUCCUGAUGAAACAGAAAGAUGUCCUCGGGGACAGGAAGCAGACGUGUAAAAAUGUCCUGGAGAAGCUGAUUCUGGACACAGAUAAGUACCAGUUUGGGAAGACGAAAAUAUUUUUCCGUGCUGGCCAAGUAGCUUAUUUGGAAAAAAUAAGGUCGGAUAAACUCCGAGCCGCUUGUGUCCGCAUCCAGAAGACCAUCAGGGGGUGGCUGAUGAGGAAGAAGUACCUCCGCAUGAGGAAGGCAGCCAUCACUAUCCAGAGAUACGUCAGAGGAUACCAGGCACGAUGUCUUGCCACCUUUCUUCGAAGAACCAGAGCAGCCAUCAUUAUUCAGAAAUUCCAGCGCAUGUACAUUAUUCGCAAACGGUAUCGCCGCACACGAGCAGCCACUGUGGUCCUGCAGUCAUAUUCACGAGGUUAUAUUGCCAGGAAGCAGUACCAGAAGAUGCUUCGGGAGCACAAGGCUACUGUUAUUCAGAAGCGUGUGCGUGGCUGGCUGGCUCGCUUGCGCUACCAUAGGACUCUGGAGGCGAUUGUCUACCUGCAGUGCUGUUACCGGCGCAUGAUGGCCAAGCGAGAGCUGAAGAAGCUGAAGAUAGAAGCGCGCUCCGUGGAACACUACAAGAAACUCAACUUUGGCAUGGAGAACAAGAUCAUGCAGCUCCAGCGUAAACUUGAUGAACAGAGCAAAGAUUCCAAAUCUUUACUUGAGAAGCUAACUAGUCUAGAAGCAGUGUACAGUUCAGAGACGCAGAAGCUGAAGAGUGACGUAGAAAGGCUUAAGAUGAGCGAGGAAGAGGCCAAGAAUGCCACCAACCGGGUCCUGAGCCUUCAGGAGGAGAUCACCAAGCUCCAGAAAGAGCUGCACCAAACACAGUCUGAGAAGAAGUCGAUCCAAGAGAAGGCAGAGAUAUACAAACAGGAAACAGACAAGUUGGUGCUGGAACUGAAAGAGCAAAACACACUGCUUAAGAAAGAGAAAGAUGAGCUGAACCAUCGCAUCCAGGACCAAGCCAAAGAGAUGACAGAUGCCAUGGAGAAAAGGCUUAUGGAAGAGACAAAACAGCUGGAGCUGGAUCUGAACGACGAAAGGCUGCGCUAUCAGAAUCUGCUCAAUGAAUUCAGCCGGUUAGAGGAGCGAUACGAUGAUCUGAAGGAUGAGAUGAAGCUGAUGGUGAACAUCUCUAAACCCGGGCACAAGAGAACUGAUUCCACACAUAGUAGCAAUGAAUCAGAAUACACCUAUAGCUCUGAGAUCACAGAGGCUGAAGACUUUCCCAUGAGAAUGGAGGAACCAAGUGAAAAGAAGGCACCUCUGGACAUGUCUUUAUUCCUCAAGCUACAAAAACGGGUUACCGAGCUGGAGCAGGAAAAGCAGUCCUUGCAGGAUGAACUGGACAGGAAAGAGGAGCAAGUACUUCGAGCCAAGGCCAAGGAAGAAGAACGGCCUCAGAUGAGAGGAGCAGAGCUGGAAUAUGAAUCGCUUAAGCGUCAAGAGCUUGAAUCGGAGAACAAGAAACUCAAGAAUGAGCUGAAUGAGCUGCGGAAGGCCCUGAUAGAAAAGAGUGCUCCGGGAGUCACCGCACCAGGCGCCCCAGCAUACAGGGUCCUCUUGGAGCAGAUGAUGUCAGUCAGCGAGGAGCUGGAGGUCCGCAAGGAAGAAGUCCUCAUCCUCAGGUCACAACUGAUGAGCCAGAAAGAGGCCAUUCAGCCCAAGGAUGAUAAGAACACCAUGACAGAUUCCACAAUCCUUUUGGAGGAUGUACAGAAGAUGAAGGACAAAGGGGAGAUAGCCCAAGCAUAUAUUGGUCUGAAGGAGACAAACAGGCUCCUGGAAUCUCAACUGCAGACCCAGAAGAGGAGCCACGACAACGAACUGGAAGCCCUCCGUGGUGAGAUUCAGGGUCUGAAGGAGGAGAACAACCGCCAGCAGCAGCUGUUGGCCCAGAACCUGCAGCUGCCCCCUGAAGCUCGGAUAGAGGCCAGUCUGCAGCAUGAGAUCACCCGCCUGACUAACGAAAACUUGUAUUAUGAGGAGUUAUAUGCAGAUGACCCUAUGAAGUAUCAAUCGUACCGGAUUUCGCUUUACAAACGGAUGAUUGAUUUAAUGGAACAGCUUGAAAAACAGGACAAGACGGUCCGCAAGCUGAAAAAGCAGCUCAAAGUAUUUGCCAAGAAGAUCGAUGAACUUGAAGUUGGCCAGAUGGAGAACAUUUCGCCUGGACAAAUAAUUGAUGAGCCGAUCCAUCCUGUUAAUAUUCCAAGGAAAGAAAAGGAUUUUCAAGGAAUGUUGGAAUAUAAGAAAGAGGAUGAGCCAAAGCUUGUCAAAAACCUUAUUUUAGAUUUGAAGCCACGUGGGGUGGCAGUCAACCUCAUCCCAGGUCUGCCGGCAUAUAUUUUGUUUAUGUGUGUCCGCCAUGCCGAUUACCUGAAUGACGAUCAAAAAGUCAGGUCUUUGCUGACUUCCACAAUUAAUGGCAUCAAAAAAAUUCUGAAGAAAAGGGGUGAUGAUUUUGAAACUGUGUCCUUCUGGCUAUCGAACACCUGCCGUUUUCUACACUGUUUGAAGCAGUACAGUGGUGAAGAGGGAUUUAUGAAGCACAACACAACUCGUCAGAAUGAACACUGCUUCACCAAUUUCGACCUUGCUGAGUACAGACAAGUACUGAGUGACUUAGCCAUUCAGAUCUACCAGCAGCUUGUCAGGGUGUUAGAAAAUAUUCUGCAGCCAAUGAUUGUUUCAGGAAUGCUGGAGCAUGAAACUAUCCAAGGUGUGUCGGGGGUGAAACCAACUGGCCUCCGAAAGAGGACCUCCAGCAUUGCAGACGAAGGGACAUACACACUGGACUCUAUCAUCCGACAGCUGAACACUUUCCACUCGAUCAUGUGUCAACAUGGGAUGGAUCCAGAGCUGGUCAAGCAGGUAGUCAAGCAGAUGUUCUAUAUCAUCGGAGCCGUGACCCUCAAUAACCUACUCCUGCGAAAAGAUAUGUGUUCGUGGAGCAAAGGAAUGCAGAUAAGAUACAACGUAAGUCAACUUGAAGAAUGGCUGCGUGACAAAAACCUGAUGACCAGUGGGGCUAAAGAGACUCUGGAGCCUCUCAUUCAGGCAGCCCAGCUGUUGCAGGUGAAGAAGAAGACGGAUGAAGAUGCAGAGGCCAUUUGUUCGAUGUGCAAUGCCUUAACUACUGCGCAGAUCGUCAAAGUUUUGAAUUUGUAUACUCCAGUUAAUGAGUUUGAAGAAAGAGUGACAGUGUCUUUUAUCCGGACGAUACAGAUGCGCAUGAGGGACAGGAAGGAUUCUCCUCAGUUGUUAAUGGAUGCCAAGCAUAUCUUCCCUGUUACUUUCCCAUUUAACCCAUCAUCUCUCGCAUUAGAAACUAUCCAGAUUCCAGCAAGUUUGGGUCUAGGAUUUCUCACUCGUGUCUGAAUCAAGCAUACACUUAGUUGUUGAUCACGAGUUUUCUGCCUGUAAUUUCAAAUAAUGAAAAUUAGGAUUCUGGAAAACCAUUGUGGGGGGGGGGGGAUGGAAAUAUAACAUUGUAC